AUGUCGACACAAUCCACGGCCACUGCGACACACCCUACCACUCAUCACCAACAACACUACGGAUACCCCCAUCAUCAGACCUACCAACCAAACGUAUCCUAUCCGACCACCUCCGCCGCAGGCACUCGCCUAGCCUCGUCCGCUUACCCCUACGCCGUAAACCCUUCGACCGCUACUCUUCCCUACGCUCAAUCUCCGAAACUCGCCCCCCCUGCGCCCCCCACACCCAACACCACGACGACGAUCCCGACGACGACGGCUGCGACGGUAGCGACGAUGCCCCCGACCCAGAACGGUGUCGCUGCGAGAGCGACUUCCGGACAGAAUGGCCGCAAGAAGAAGCCGGACUGGGGCGAGUUCUAUAAAAAUGGUAUACCCAAAGAGGUCAUUGUCAUUGACGACACGCCUCCGCCGGAGCAGUCAAAGGGCGGCUCUGCUCGCAGUUUCGCGACAACGUCCACCGUGACGGCUCCCAACGGCGCCGCACAACCACCGCUACCGGCUGGUAAAAAACGACGUACGGGGAUGGAGUCCGCCUACGACGUGGCCUACUACGACCGUCCCUCGUACUCCAUCAACCCCCAGCGGUACGGGGAAGAUUCCUCGGCCGCCUCGCUGUCAACGGAUCGAACAACGUCCAUGCACACCACCGCGCCCACCUCUCUGUCCCAGGGCAGUGUGGGUGCCGGCAAUGGCAUCUUCUACGAGGAUGCCAACGUGGGUCAGAAGCGAAAGCGAGUCACGACGCGAAAGGCCGUUCGCGAUGAGCAGAAGCGAAAGGAGCUGGAGAGCGUUGGCGAUGCGUUCUUGAGCUACGUGCCUCCGCCUAAGCCGCCCAUCAAGGCGAAAGACGUGCCAGUACCUGUUGUUCGAGAUUACGCCGGCCGAACCGAGAAAUUUGACGAUGAUGAUGGUCACUACAUCGUGAAUCCUAAUACUCCCAUCACAGACCGAUACACGAUCAUCAAACUCCUCGGACAGGGGACGUUUGGAAAGGUGGUAGAAGCAUACGAUAAACACCGCAAGGCUCGGUGCGCGGUCAAGAUCAUUCGUUCGAUUCAGAAAUAUCGAGAUGCAUCCCGCAUCGAACUUCGAGUAUUAUCAACGCUGGCCUCGAACGACAAGCAGAACCGGAACAAGUGUAUCCAUCUGCGUGACUGUUUCGACUACCGCAGUCACAUCUGCAUCGUCACUGACCUGCUGGGGCAGAGUGUCUUUGAUUUCUUGAAAGGAAACGGCUUUGUACCGUUCCCCAGUAGUCAAAUUCAAAACUUUGCCCGCCAGCUGUUUACUAGCGUUGCCUUCCUUCAUGACCUUAACCUCAUCCACACCGACCUGAAACCCGAGAACAUCCUCCUCGUCAACAACAACUACCAAACCUUUACCUACAACCGGACCAUACCAUCCUCCUCGCAAGCCAUCUCACGAAGUGCCCGUCAACGACGGGUUUUGCUGGACAGCGAAAUCCGUCUGAUCGAUUUUGGCUCCGCCACCUUUGACGACGAGUACCACUCGUCGGUCGUGUCCACUCGCCACUACCGGGCCCCCGAGAUCAUCUUGAACCUGGGGUGGAGUUUUCCGUGUGAUAUCUGGAGUAUUGGGUGCAUCCUGGUUGAGUUCUUCACCGGGGAUGCACUUUUCCAGACCCAUGACAAUCUGGAGCAUUUAGCGAUGAUGGAAGCCGUCAUUGGGGACCGCAUUGAUACCCGACUGGUGAGACAGGUGAUGCAAGGAGGUCGGAGUGGCAGUCAAAACCAGUCAGCCAAAUAUUUUGUCCGAAAUAAACUCGACUAUCCGAAUGACGAAACGACUCGUGCUUCGCGGAAGUAUGUGAAGGCGAUGAAACAGUUAAACGAGUUUAUCCCCACGAAUAACAAAUUCCACCAACAAUUCCUGGACCUCUUAAAGCAAAUCUUCGUUUACGACCCGAAGGCCCGUAUCACGGCUAAGGAGGCGCUGAAGCACCCUUGGUUCAAAGAAUCCCUGGUGGACGAUGGCACCGAAGCCUUGCGAAUUGGGGAACAGCUGCAACGCAACACCCAACGCCGCUGA